AUGGCAGCUAAGUUCUUCGUCGUUCUCUCCCUGGCUGUGGCCGCCUCCGCUAUCCCAGUGGUUCCCGUCGCUAAACUAGCGUACGCCGAGCCCGAAGCGCCUGCCCACUAUGAAUUUCAGUACUCCGUGCACGAUGAGCACACCGGUGACAUCAAACAACAACAAGAGGCUCGUGCUGGUGAUGACGUGCACGGUUCCUACUCCCUCGUCCAGCCUGAUGGCGUACACCGUAUCGUAGAGUACACUUCCAACAAGGAACACGGUUUCAACGCUAUCGUACGCUAUGAGGGUACCCCCAUCCCCGCCCCCGCCCCCGCCAAGGUUGCCAAGCUCGCCUACUCUGCCCCCGUCGCCUACUCUGCCCCCGUCGCCUACUCCGCACCUGUGACCAAAGUAUCAUACGCCGCCCCCGUUGCCAAGCUGACAUACGCCGCCCCUGUUGCCAAGCUGACAUACGCCGCCCCCGUUGCCAAGCUCGCCUACGCUGCUCCCGUAGCUAAGGUGGCGUACGCCUCUCCUCUCACCCAAGUCAGCUACUCAUCACCCAUCGUCUCUUACCACCAC